AUGGCUUUUCAUGAUGAAGUUGAAAUAGAAGAUUUUGAAUAUGAUGAAGAAUCUGAAAUUUACUAUUGGCCAUGUCCAUGUGGUGAUAGAUUUCAAAUAACGAAAGAAGAACUUGAAAGUGGAGAAGAUACUGCUCGAUGUCCAAGUUGUUCACUUGUUGUUCGUGUUAUUUAUGAUAAAGAAGCAUUCAUGGAAAAAACAUCGAAUUUAAAACAAAAAACAUCACCGACGACAGAAAAACUCACGUGA